ACUUCCGCCAGCGCCCGGUUGCGCGCCGGGAGUUCGGGUCUCGCGAACGCGCUUGGGAGCGUCGCCAGAGUCGGGAGCGCGCCCUCGGAUGACAACAAAUUCGUCGCGCGGCGGCGGUGGAGGUGUCCGCCUGAGCCCCUGCCUCGGGCCCUGCUGCCUCCCCUCGCACUGUCUUGCGCCCCAUCUCUGUGCGGACUACGAUCUCCCCGGAACCUCCCAGGCCUGGGGCGACAGGGACUCCUCCGCCCCUUGUCUGCGGCAGGCCUCGAGCGAGCGGCGCGACCCAGGAGAUGGGGUCGCCCUGAGGGACGGCUGGUGCCAGGCGGGCAUGGAGGGGCCGCCCCGGGCUUAGGCCCCGCCACGGCCUGGGGACGCCGGCCGGGACCCGAGGCCGGAGCCGCCACCGCGCGCAGCCAGCGCCGGCCCAGCGCCGGCCCACCUGCCAGCCCUCACCAUGCCUUGGCCGUUUUCUGAGUCCAUCAAGAAGAGGGCCUGUCGUUACCUCCUGCAGAGGUACCUGGGCCACUUCCUGCAGGAGAAGCUGAGCCUGGAGCAGCUCAGCCUGGACCUGUACCAGGGCACCGGGUCCCUCUCCCAGGUCCCCUUGGACAAAUGGUGUCUCAAUGAGAUCCUGGAGUCAGCCGAUGCGCCUUUAGAAGUCACGGAAGGAUUCAUACAGUCGAUUUCCCUGUCAGUUCCAUGGGGCUCCUUGCUGCAGGAUAACUGCGCACUGGAAGUGAAAGGGCUGGAAAUGGUCUUCCGACCUAGACCUCGCCUAGCAACUGGUUCUGAGCCUAUGUAUUGGUCAAGUUUCAUGACCAGCAGUAUGCAGCUGGCAAAAGAAUGUCUUAGCCAGAAACUCACAGACGAGCAAGGAGAAGGAUCCCAGCCUUUUGAAGGACUUGAAAAGUUCGCUGAAACCAUUGAAACAGUGCUAAGAAGAGUAAAAGUCACUUUUUUAGACACUGUCUUGAGGAUUGAACAUGUGCCAGAAAAUUCCAAAACUGGAACUGCACUUGAAAUUCGAAUAGAAAGAACUGUGUACUGUGAUGAGACUGCGGACGAGUCUUCAGGAAUUAACGUGCAUCAGCCCACAGCCUUCGCUCGCAAGUUGCUUCAGCUCUCUGGAGUCUCUCUCUUCUGGGAUGAGUUUUCUGCGUCAGCAAAGUCUUCCCCAGUGUGUUCAACUGCACCAGCGGAAACUGAGCCAAAGCUGUCACCCAGCUGGAAUCCUAAAAUUAUUUAUGAGCCACACCCACAGCUAACCAGAAGUUUACCAGAGGUAGCGCCCUCUGACCCAGUGCAGAUCGGAGGGCUGAUGGGCAGACUGGAGUUGAGUCUCAUGCUGAAACAGAAUGAAGUACUUCCGGGAGCUAAGUUGGAUAUUGAUGGACAGAUAGACUCUAUUCAUCUAUUCCUGUCUCCAAGACAGGUCCACUUGCUUUUGGAUAUGUUAGCGGCUAUUGCUGGACCAGAAAAUCCUAGCAAAAUAGGUUUAGGUAAUAAAGAUAGGAAAAAUCGACCCAUGCAACAGGAAGAAGAAUAUCGCAUUCAGAUGGAAUUAAACCGGUAUUAUCUGAGAAAAGAUUCCCUCUCUGUGGGUGUAUCUUCAGAGCAAAGCUUUUAUGAGACAGAAACAGCUCGUACACCUUCUAGCCGUGAAGAAGAAGUUUUCUUCUCCAUGGCUGAUAUGGACAUGUCCCAUAGUCUCUCUUCUCUUCCACCCCUGGGGGACCCCCCAAAUAUGGACCUUGAGUUAUCAUUGACGAGCACGUAUACAAAUACCCCAGCAGGAUCUCCAUUAAGUGCCACCGUGCUUCAGCCACCGUGGGGGGAGUUCCUCGAUCGCCACAAAGAGCCGCCGGCGAGAGGGCCCGCACCGCCCUCCAACUUGCUGCACCCGCCGUCCUUACAGAAGGCUCCUCUCCCGUCUAGGUCUGUUUCAGUGGAUGAAUCCAGGCCGGAACUUAUUUUCAGACUCGCUGUGGGGACUUUCUCUGUCUCUGUGCUUCACAUUGACCCGCUGUCUCCACCCGAAACGUCAUUGAACCUUAAUCCACUGACACCCCUGGCAGUAGCUUUCUUUUCUUGUAUAGAAAAGAUUGAUCCAGUGAGGUUUUCAACAGAUGAUUUUAAGUCUUUCCGAACAGUAUUUGCAGAAGCUUGCUCACAUGAUCACCUUAGAUUUAUAGGUACUGGCAUCAAAGUAUCCUAUGAACAAAGACAAAGAUCAGCUUCCAGAUAUUUUAGUACGGAUAUGUCCGUUGGGCAAAUGGAACUUUUGGAGUGCCUCUUUCCAACGGAUUUUCAUGCUGUUUCUCCUCACUACACAGAGCUUUUGAUGUUCCAUUCCAAAGAACGGAGUGAUUCUCAUGCCCCCGCGUGUCUCCAGCUUCACUACAAGCAUUCGGAGAAUAAAGGAGCCCAGGGUAAUCAAGCAAGACUUAGUUCUGUUCCUCAGAAGGCAGAAUUACAAAUUAAACUAAGCCCAGUGUUUUGUGAGCUGGAUAUCAGUAUUGUGGACAGGUUAAACUCCUUGCUGCAGCCACAGAAGCUUACUACAGUGGAGAUGAUGGCAUCUCACAUGUAUACUUCAUAUAAUAAGCAUAUUAGUUUGCACAAGGCUUUCACUGAAGUAUUUCUAGAUGACUCACAUAACCCUGCAAAUUGUCGGAUAUCAGUGCAAGUUGCCACGCCAGCAUUAAACCUUUCCGUUCGCUUCCCAAUACCCGAUCUUCGAUCGGAUCAAGAAAGAGGACCAUGGUUUAAGAAGUCGCUUCAGAAGGAGAUUCUUCAUUUAGCAUUCACAGAUCUAGAAUUUAAGACUGAAUUUGUAGGAGGAUCAACCCCAGAACAAACUAAAUUGGAGCUCACCUUUAGAGAACUAGUCGGGUCAUUCCAGGAAGAUAAAGGAGGGCCAUCCAUUAAGUUUUUCCACGUGUCUAGUGGAGCAGAUGGAGAUACGACGUCGUCGGAUGACUUUGACUGGCCACGAAUCGUGCUGAAAGUGAACCCCCCAGCCAUGCAUUCCAUCCUGGAGAGAAUCGCGGCGGAGGAGGAGGAGGAGGAGGGGGAUGGCCGCUAUCAGGAAGAGGAGGAGGGCGGCGCACACUCGCUGAAGGACGUGUGUGAUCUCAGGAGGCCGGCGCCCUCUCCCUUCUCCUCUCGCAGAGUCAUGUUCGAGAACGAACAGAUGGUGAUGCCAGGAGACCCUGUAGAAAUGACGGAGUUCCAGGACAAAGCAAUCAGCAAUUCUCACUACGUGCUGGAACUCACGUUACCCAGCAUUCACGUAACGCUACCGAAUAAAAGCUUUUAUGAGAAGCUUUACAACAGGAUCUUCAAUGACUUGUUGCUGUGGGAACCAACAGCUCCUUCACCAGUGGAGACUUUUGAAAAUAUUUCCUAUGGUGUUGGGCUUUCGGUAGCCAGUCAACUGAUCAAUACCUUCAACAAAGAUAGCUUUAGUCCAUUUAAAUCUACAGUUCACUAUGACGAGGAAAGUGGAUCUGAGGAGGAGACUUUGCAGUAUUUUUCUACUCUUGAUCCCAACUAUCGUUCCCGUAGGAAAAAAAAACUCGACUCUCAGAACAAACACUCGCAGAGUUUUCUCUCAGUUCUUCUGACUAUUAAUCAUGGAUUAGUGGCAGUGUUCACAGAUGUUAAGCAAGAUGAUGGCGAUCUGGUGGGAGACAAGCACGGUGAAUUCUGGUUAGAGUUCAGCAGCGGUUCGUUGUUCUGUGUGACAAAAUAUGAAGGGUUUGAGGACAAGCACUACAUCUGCCUUCAUUCCAGCAGCUUCAGUCUAUACCACAAAGGCCUGGUGGACGGAGUGAUUGUCCCCGCAGAAGUGCGGCUGCCUGGCUCAACCCGCCCGCAUUGGCUGGAGCCCACGAUUUAUUCCUCCGAAGAAAAUGGCCUCAGUAGAGCUUCUUCCGAUGGUGUUGGAGGAGACCCUUCGAAUAUGCUCUCCGUUGCAGUGAAGAUACUGUCUGAUAAGUCAGAGUCCAAUACAAAGGAAUUCCUCGUCGCCGUGGGGCUGAAAGGAGCCACUCUCCAGCACAGGGUGCUCCCUUCCGGGCUGAGCUGGCACGAGCAGAUUUUAUACUUCUUGAAUAUUGCUGAUGAGCCUGUUUUGGGAUAUAAUCCUCCAACUUCAUUUACAACUUUUCAUGUUCAUCUCUGGAGCUGUGCACUUGAUUACAGGCCUCUCUAUUUGCCGAUCCGGUCUCUCCUCACGGUCGAAACUUUCAGCGUGUCAAGUAGCGUCGCCUUGGAUAAGUCGUCCUCUACUCUCAGAAUAAUCUUGGAUGAAGCUGCUUUACAUCUGUCUGACAAGUGUAAUACUGUCACUAUAAAUUUGAAUAGAGAUUAUGUCCGGGUGAUGGAUAUGGGGCUUUUGGAAUUAACCAUAACUGCAGUGAAAUCUGAUUCUGAUGGAGAGCAAACGGGCUCGCGCUUUGAGCUGCACUGUUCCAGUGACAUUGUGCACAUCAGGACGUGCUCAGACUCCUGCGCCGCGCUCAUGAAUCUCAUCCAGUACAUCGCGAGCUACGGGGACCUGCAGGCGGCCAGCAAGGCGGAGGCGAAGCCGGGAGCCCCGCAAAGGAAGACCACGGUAGACUCCGGCGGCCCGGCCUCCUCCCGCGGCCCGGUGCUCCCCGAAGCAGAUCAGCAGAUGCUACGAGAUCUGAUGAGUGACGCAAUGGAGGAGGUCGACGUGCACCAAGCCGGCCACUCUGUGAAGCCGCAGGCGAACGGCAUUUUGGAUGAAAAGUCUCCCGUUCAGGAGCCGUGUUGUUCAGACCUCUUCCUGUUUCCGGAUGAGAGUGGGAAUGCGUCCCAGGAGCCCGGCCCCACGUACGCCUCCUUCACCCACCACCUGAUUAGUGACGCAAUGACUGGUGUGCCUACUGAAAACGACGACUUUUGCAUUCUUUUCGCACCAAGGGCAACCAUUCAGGAGAAGGAGGAAGAGCCCGUGGUGAAAAUCAUGGUGGAUGACACAAUCGUGAUACGCGACAACUACUUCGGCCUGCCCGCUGGGAAGGCUGACGCGAGCAGGGCGCCCCUGCACUUCCCGCGGCCCGUGGUGCGGUAUGUUGUCAAGGAGGUCUCUCUCGUCUGGCACCUUUAUGGGGGCAAGGAUUUCAGAACAGCUCCCCCGACUUCUCCGGCGAAAAGUUACAUCAGCCCCCACAGUUCGCCCUCUCACGCGCCCACCAGACAUGGACGUAAUACAGUCUGUGGGGGGAAAGGGAGGAACCAUGACUUCUUAAUGGAGAUACAGUUAAGCAAGGUGAAGUUCCAGCAUGAGGUCUACCCGCCGUGCACGCCGGACUGUGACCCGGGCCUGCUGGAGCACCCAGCCUCCCGGCAGGUGUUCGUCGUGCAGGACCUCGAGAUCCGAGACCGCCUGGCGACCUCGCAGAUGAACAAGUUCUUGUACCUGUACUGUAGUAAAGAAAUGCCUCGGAAAGCCCAUUCCAAUAUGUUGACCGUGAAAGCGUUGCACGUGCGCCCGGAGUCGGGCCGGUCCCCGCAGGAGUGUUGCUUAAGGGUGUCACUCAUGCCGCUCCGCCUCAACAUUGACCAGGACGCCUUGUUCUUCCUGAAGGAUUUCUUCACAAGUCUCUCUACAGAAGUAGAGCUUCUAAUGGCUCCCGAUCCAGAAGUUAAAAAGUCUCCCGGGUCCGACGUCACCUGCAGUUUGCCAAGGCACUUAAGCACCUCGAAGGAGCCGAGUCUAGUUCUUUCUUUCCCUGGGCCAAAGCAACCUUCCCGGAACGAGAGUGCCAGUUCCGCGGAAGCGGUGAACGGGGAGGAAGAGAAGGGCUUCUCGGCGGAAGAGGCGUCGUUUAGUGACCAGCCUGUGUUUUUUAGAGAAUUUAGAUUCACAUCAGAAGUUCCUAUUCGACUUGAUUAUCAUGGCAAACAUGUAUCAAUGGAUCAGGGCACAUUAGCUGGGAUUUUGAUCGGCCUGGCCCAGUUAAACUGCUCGGAGCUGAAGCUGAAGAGGCUCUUCUAUCGGCAUGGUUUGCUAGGUGUUGACAAAUUAUUCUCCUAUGCAAUCACUGAAUGGCUUACUGACAUUAAGAAGAACCAGCUGCCAGGAAUCCUGGGAGGUGUUGGGCCCAUGCACUCCCUAGUCCAGUUAGUGCAAGGCCUGAAGGACUUGGUCUGGCUGCCCAUUGAGCAGUACCGGAAGGACGGCCGCAUCGUCAGGGGGUUCCAGAGAGGCGCCGCCUCCUUUGGCACCUCGACAGCCAUGGCUGCCCUGGAACUCACCAACAGGAUGGUCCAAACCAUACAGGCCGCGGCCGAGACUGCUUAUGACAUGGUGUCUCCUGGCACCCUUUCCAUCGAGCCCAAGAAGAUGAGACGGUUUCCUCAUCACCGCCUAGCCCACCAGCCGGUGGACCUGCGGGAAGGUGUGGCCAAGGCCUACAGUGUUGUGAAAGAGGGCAUCGCGGACACGGCUCACACCAUUUACGAGACCGCGGCCCGCGAGCACGAGAGCCGAGGGGUCACGGGGGCCGUGGGCGAGGUCCUGCGCCAGAUCCCGCCGGCGGUGGUGAAACCUCUGAUCGUUGCCACGGAGGCCACAUCCAACGUGUUAGGAGGCAUGAGAAACCAGAUGAGACCGGACGUCCGGCAAGACGAGUCCCAGAAGUGGCGCCACGGGGAAGACUGACGCUUCCGAUGCGACUCCCGGCAAGGACGAGGGUGGAGCCAAGGAGCUGAGCGUCCCAGGGGCAGCUUUAGAGGGAACCCACGUGAUUUCAUUGUGCUCAUCUCAGGAACAAAGGCAUGUCUUAGUUAAGUAACUUAAUGUCCCCAAAACGUGCAACCAACACUUCUGCCAUUUUAGGGCUAGUUUGGUACUUGCCUGUAGAAACGUUUGAUGGCUGGUGUCAAAAGUCCUUAGAACAUUGCUGCCAAGUUAGUGGAAUGCUUGCUUUAUUAAAAUGACUCGACCUCUCCCAGCUGCAGGCGCGCUCUCAUUGGAGACCCCCUUCUUGGCACAGAGUGCUCAGAAAUAGUCGGGCCCUUGGAACGCGCUGCUUAGGCUGCUCCGAGGAGGUGCUUUUUCUCAAGGUUUGAAAAGAAUCACAGCUUCGAAACGUCCGUGGAGAAUGAGAGCGCCACAGGCAGAGCCGAGCUAAGAGGGUUUUCCAUGUGAGAGUCAGUGAGGGAUGAAUAGCCGAGCCUGUCGGGUGCCGUGUUCAUGCCCUGAGAACACACUGCGUCCCAUGCUCAGACCGUCCCCCGGGGAGGGGGGCGGCAGCGCCGGACGUGCUCCGUAGUGCUGCACUUUAUCCUGUGUGUGUGUUUCUAGAGUCGUACGAAUCAUGUGCUGUCUGUCUCCUUUAUGUACUUCCACAAGGGAUACACCAAAUACAGAAAGAGUCAGUCUAAAAGUUUUUGGCCAAGGAAGGAAACUCAAGUGUAAUAAUUCUCAUUUAUUUGAAGUGUAACUGAAAAUGCAUUCUCUGAUGAGCUGGGGCCCACACAGUUGUUUAUAUGUUCAGUUUUAAGCAGUCAUAGUGCUUGUUGGGAAUGUGUGGAAAGGGAGAGUGGAAGUGUUUUUACGCUUUUAAAUUAACCAAAAAUCCUCCAAAUUUGCCCUAGUCAGCUAUUUCGAAGUACCAUUUUUACCUGGUUAACAAUGUACAUUUUGAUAACCUGUCAGGAAUGAAUAAAGUAUUUUUAUUUAAAGGUAAAAUUGUUUUAUGCUUCCAUGAAUAUUUUGCUUUUCUUAGAGCAUAUUCAUAGAUGCAAUACUCUGAUUUAUCCCGAGAUACUUGGGAACACUUUCUCAAAGUUGAUUUUGGUUAAUAGCAAGUAAAUCAUUCCCUAGGAGUGAGAGGGAAAUUGUUCUCAAGUACUCAGCCUCCGACUUGAGGUUGAUCUAGCGGGAAGGAAGGGCAGGACUUUGCAUUCAUCCACUGUGGAAGGUUGCACAAUGACAUUUUCUGCAGUGGGGGGGAUAUCAUCGAGGCGAACUUAGAUUUCAGAACCACAUUUCAGUUUGGGGUUUGGAAAAUGAUGUUGAAUCAGUUUCAUUCUCUAAAUAUUGUAAACAAGACAGUGUAAACCAAAAAUCUGAACACUUAGAAUUUUUAAAAAUUGUGCUAAAUAACGCUUAUUAUUAUUUUGUUUCCUUUUUACUGCUGAAAAGCUUACAAGGGCAGUGCUCAGAGGAACGCCCUGUGUGA